CAGACAGAUCUCACCACCUCAUCAUCUUGCCAUGGAUCAGGGUUCUCCACUCAGAGGCAGUGCUAGCCCCUUGUGGCUGGUUUCCUGGGAAAAGUGUUACCUAUGUCAACACCACAAGCCUCAAGUUUGAACAUACAACAGGGACAGAAUUCAGGACUGAAAGUGGCCCAGCCUUUUUCUCAGCAGUGUACAUCUCCAAUUUCCUUUCCAUCAAUCAGGCCUGGCCUUCCUAAUCUAACCACUGGCUGUGCAAAGGAUCCGGCAACAAACAACAGCAGUUUGGGAUACACCGUGGUACCUACAGAAUAUCUAACUCAGAUUGCCAAUAAUGACAACCGACUCAAGAUCUAAAAAACCCUGUAACUGUACCAAGUCCCAGUGCCUCAAACUAUAUUGCGAUUGUUUUGCCAAUGGAGAAUUUUGUAGCAACUGCAAUUGCACAAACUGUUUUAAUAACUUUGAGCAUGAGGCGGAAAGAUUCAAAGCUAUCAAGGCAUGUUUGGAUCGGAACCCAGAAGCCUUUAGACCAAAAAUAGGAAAAGGAAUGCUUGGAGAAAUCAAAUUGCGGCAUAACAAAGGUUGUAACUGCAAACGUUCAGGAUGUCUGAAAAAUUACUGUGAAUGUUAUGAGGCAAAAAUAAUGUGCUCGUCUAUUUGCAAGUGUAUCGGAUGCAGAAAUUAUGAGGAAAGUCCUGAGAGGAGGACGCUGAUGAGUAUCCCUGACCAUAGUGAUAUGGGCAUUUUGCAUGGUUCCUAUUAUCUCACGUUCAUGUCUCUGAUUAUUUUGUUAACUUUUUGUACUAUUGACAGGCAUCCUUUUACUUUUGUUACUUGGGACGUCAUAGACGCUACUUGUGGCUGUCUCCUGGCCCAGGCAGAAGAGGCAGAGAAAGCCUAUCACUCUCUCUCUGUGGCAGAACAUAUGAUCCUAGAAGAAUUUGGCCGUUGUUUGGCCCAAAUCCUCCACUUAGCAUGGAAAUCAAAAGAACUACAGUGUUUGUGA